AUGGAUGACUUUGACGAAUGGCAGAUCGUUGAGAAAUUGCGAGGAGAGGGCGGUAGCGGAGCGAGAGACUGCUUUGGAGGAGAGGGCGGUAGCGGAGCAAGAUACGGAGAAGAAAGGAGAGUGCACUAUGAAGCUUCUCUGCGUGAGGCAAGAAGCGGACCUCACAAGAAGGAGAAGAAUACGAUCACCCCAACACUCGUGAAGCGUGUGGUUAUCUGCGUCUGCGUUAUGCUUUUCCUCGCCGGGUGCUCCAACUACGGUGCGGUCAAGCACGAAGAGCCGGUCUUCUAUCGCUCCGCUUCUUUGGCGGGCCGUGUCCCAACGAUGACGAAUUACUCUGAUAUGAAGUCGCUGUGGAGCUUGAUUGACCGAGAUCUUCUGGGAAAACAGCACUAG